UUUUUUUUUUUUUGAAGAGGCAGGCUCUUGCGUGCGAUGACGUGCAUGUCAGGUGUUUCCUUGUAUAUGAAGCGGAGCACACACGCACACACACCCACGGAGCUGCUGCAAGGACACGCACACACCCUGACUGCUUGCUGAACGUGUAAGGUGACCACGAGCCUAGGAUGCUGCAUUUCCACCACAAGUCGCCGUCGGGGGUCGCCGUGGUCCUGCUCGCCAUCCUCCUGCACGGAUGCGCGGUGCAGGCGGCAUCCCUCCCCCGCCACUAUCGCCUGCGCGGCGGCGAUGCGCAGCCAGCCGGUUCGGACCUGAUGAAAGCCUUAGAAUACAUCGAGAACCUGAAGCAGCGCAACGGGGGCCGACCUGUGCCCGUGGACUACGACGAGGUGGAGAAGUUCAGGGUGUUGCUCCAGCUGGCCUCGCAGCAGCAGCAAGAGGACGAGAGUCCGGCGGACCGUCCGGACAUCACCGCCGAGCAGCUGAUGAGAACCCUCCUCAAGUCCGUCCAGGACCAGGCCAAGCUGGGCGACCGCCGCCUGCAGCGACACCGCACCAAAGAGACCCCGGAGAGCUCCCCGGCAGACUACGCCAAUUACCCCAGACCCCACAAGAAGUACCCGUUGAUGUUCGAGGACGAGGAAAACACGGAGGCGUCCAAGCGGGCUACAGAGGACCUGGACCAGCAGUACACGCCGCAGAGCCUCACCAAUCUACGCUCCAUCUUCGAGGAGCUGGAAAGGAUGCCGCUGAAAAGAGAUCUGUUCGGUGAUGACGAGGAGGAUGCUGAGGGGGAGGAGGACGCCGCUCCUGGAGAGGAGUGGGUUCCCGUGGAGGAACGGGAGCAGACCGAGGAGAUGGUGAACGGGAGCCACGAGGAGGCAGACCGGGCUCUGGGGGAGCAGGAGGAGGAAGUGCAGCGCCGCUCGGGUCAGGAUCAGGAGGACGUAGACGACGACACCAAGCUGGUGGAUUAUUACCUGCUGAAGGUUCUGGAGAUGAGCGACCAAAGAGAGAAGCGGGAUCAGACCGGCGAGCAAAGAAAGAGACUCAUCCGCCCUUCCAUCGUGGACCCUCGCACGGUGAAGGAGCUGCUGGAGCUCUCCUUGAAACUCCGCGUCCCCCCGCAAAACCUCAUCGACAUGCUGCUGACGGAGGAACUCCGCAAGCUCCACCGCAACCCCCCCGCCGCGUCCCGCCCGCAAGCGGCGGGACCCACCCCAAAAGUCCGCUACUUCAGUCGCAGGCUGCCCCUGAAGAGCAAGGCGGCUCCCGAGGACAUGGACCGGGAGGACUUUUUGGACAUCAUCGGCGUGGAGACCAUCAGCAACGAGUACCCGGUCAUGCCCAGACCUGCCAAGACCCCCUUGGAUAGAAUCCCGACGGGGUCCGACGUGGCAUCCAAUGCGGGACCCGUUAAAAUCCCACCGCCGUCCGGACGUAGAGAGAACCUGUUCCUGUCCGAGCUCAAUAAGAUGCCCUUCAAGCGCCAGGCUGACGGCGGCGACACAGACGACGACGACGACGUGGAGGACGAGGUGACCACCUACCUGGCGGCCAAAAUCCUCACCGAGUACCCGCCGGGGAGCAUCGCCAAGCGGGACACCCAUGCGCAGACCAAGGGCCUCUUCCCCUACGAGCUGUACGAGCGUGCCGUGAAAGACUACUUGGGCCAGGUGGACUCUGGGAGCAGACCGCUGGCCAAGAGGGAGGCGGAGGCGGUCCUGGAGGAAAAGCCCACUGAGGUGCAGAGCAUGGAGGAGAUGACCGGGAAGACCUCGGCCCCUCAGAGGGUGCAGGGCGACGGGCAGGGGGAGCACCGUGACCAAGCUGUGGCAGGAAUGUAAAAGUAUUUAUGCUGGAUGUGAUCUAGUUUACAGGUUUUAAUCGUACGACUCAUAGCUGAUUAUCUCACCUAAACACGUAAAUAUAUAGUCCCUAUUUGCUGCAGUCAUUAUGGUGACAUCAUUUUCACAACAGGGUUUGCACCUUCUCUGACUCUCCCAUUCAAAGUUUAUAAAGUUUUGUGAUGCUGUUCAAAGUUUGUGUUUGUAAAGGAGAAUAUUACAUCAUCAUGUCCAACAACAUACAGUACGAUACACACCUUCUCAUUCAAUCUUUACAUUGUCGAUUGUCACAUCAAAACUAUGAAUGAACUCAUGUGGAGUUAUGGACUUAACAAAAAAAAGGUGAAAAAACUGAAAACAUGUUUUAUAUUCUAGUUUCUCUAAAAUAGCCACCCUUUGCUAUGAUUACUGCUUUGCACACUCUUGGCAUUCUCUCCAUGAGGUUUGAGAGGUAGUCACCUUAAAUGAGUUUUCACUUCACAAGUGUGCUUGAAGCUCAUGGAGGGAAUGCCAUGAGUGUGCAAAGCAGUAAUCACAGCAAAGGGUGGUGGCUAUUUUGAAGAAACUAGAAUAUAAAUCAUGUUUUCAGUUCUUUUACCUCCUCAUGUGUUCAAUCAUAGUUUUGAUGCCUUCAAUGAAAAUCUACAAAAAAAAUCAGUGCUCCCCAAACUACGGCCCGCGGGCCAGUUACGGCCCACCAGCGUCCAAUUUUUAAAAAAAAUAAUUAUUUUGUUUUUAAUCUGUCGUUUCUAGCCCAUCCAUCAAUCCAUUUUCUACUUUUUACCCGAGGUCUCCUAGACAGUCAGGCAAAUCAUAUAGUCUAAUAAUGCAUUUUCCCAUCGAUAACGUGACAUCAACACGCUUGCGCGGCAAUUGCGCACUCUUUCAGUCAAUAUGUGCAUGAGGGAAAAGUAAAAAAGAGGCAAAAUCGUUGGCGAAACUUAAAAUACAUUACAAGUGUAGAGUAAUUAAACUUCGGCGGACGCAUAACAUAUAUAUAUAUACAUAUAUAUAUAUAUAUAUAUAGCCCAGCCCCAGGCCAUAUUUUUUUAACCCAAUGCGGCCCCUGGGUCAAAAAGUUUGGGGACCCCUGAGGUAAAUAGUCAUGAAAAUAAAGAUUGAAUGAGAGUUUGUGUCCAAACUUCUGGUCUGUACUGUACACCUGAACAUUGCUGUAAAUGACAGCCUUCCAGGAGUACUUUGUAAGCCAAUAUGAUCUUUUUUUCCCCAAUUAGCGGUUGGCUGGAAUGCUGUGGCUCCACAUAUAUUCAGGGUUUGUCAAGAUGCUAUCGUUAAAAUGGAGAAUUAUUUCAUAUCAGCCUGCCUUCCAAAGCUCCGUGUCGUUGGCCUAUACCAGUGCUUGUGCUCCGUAUGCUCAUUUUUAAAACAUUUUGUACAUGCUCGAUGUGUGAUGAAGCACAGAUGAAUAAAGCAUCAGAUGUAUUAUUUUUCUUCUUACUGAGUCGUGUUGCUUAAGAAAAAAGAUCCAUUUAUCCAGAAAAAAAAACACAUUUAAUUAUAUGAUAAGUUCCACACAUUGCAAGUUGUAAAAACACACCCAAGCUAGCAAAUAUUAAAGGUGGCUCAAGACAUUUGAUAUUAAAAGGUGAAUAAACCGGCAACAUGUUUCUUUAAAUAGACACAAAUUAACACAUCCAUUACAUUAUUAAUAACAUUCAGCACAAUUAUUUCAAAACAAUGUUUUUUACCUCACCUUUUGCACCAUUUUCAAAAUGGUGCAAGAUGAAGAGUAAUUAUAUUUACGAUCAAUAUUCCAGUUUCUUCCCAAAAAAGUAAAUCUGGUUUCCAUGAAGCCUUCCUGAGUAUAUUUGACUCCCGUGUUCUCCUGAGUGUUACUUUGUGUCCCUUUG